GCCGCAGAGAUGGGGAAACCCGGGAAGAGCCGAUUCCAGAAGCAGCAGCGGGCGCAGGCCCGGCUCAGGUCGGAGCAGGAGUUCGGAUCCGUUCCCCAUUCCUUCGUUUUUCCGCGCGGCCGCGCCGGGAGGAGCCUCCGGAGCCUCAGCAAGGACCUGAGGAGGGUCCUGGAGCCCUACACAGCCAGGAGCCUGCAGGUGCGCCGGAGCAAUUCCCUGCGGGAUCUGGUGGCCGUGGCCGGGCCCUUGGGAGUCACCCAGUUCCUGGUGCUCAGCAAAUCCCAGUCUGGGAUCAACCUGAAACUUUUCCGGCUGCCGGGGGGUCCCACCCUGACCUUCAAAGUGCUGCAGUACUCCCUGGUCAGAGAUGUUGUCUCAGCCCUGAGGAGGCACCGCAUGCACGAGCAGCAGUUCCGCCACCCCCCCCUGCUGGUUCUGGGCAAUUUUGGGGCGCCCCAAAUGCACCUGAAGCUCCUGGCUGGGAUGUUCCAGGGGAUGUUCCCCAAAAUCAACGUGCACAGGGUGAACCUGAACUCCGUCCGUCGCUGUUUGCUCCUCAACUACGACUCCGAGUCCGAGCAGCUGCAGCUGCGGCACUACAGUGUCCAGGUGGUUCCCGUGGGUCUCUCCCGGGGGCUCCGGAAAAUCCUGCGGGAGAAAUUCCCCAACAUGAGCAGGAUGGACGACGUCAGCCAGCUGCUGACUGGGGAGCUGCUCCUGUCCGAGAGCGAGGCGGAGCCGGACGGGGCCCAGAACGUUCUGGAACUGCCCCAGAAAUGCUCGGGGAGAGGGAACGCGGUGACACAGCAGAGCGCGGUCAGGCUGACCGAGAUCGGGCCCCGUCUGACGCUGCAGCUGCUGAAGGUGGAGGAGGGGCUGGGCCAGGGGAACGUCCUGUACCACGGCCUGGCCCCCAAAGGUGAGGCGGAGCUGCGGGAGCUGCUGGCCCGGCGGGAGCAGCGGCUGCAGGUGAGGGCGGAGCGGCGCCGCAAGCAGGAGCAGGACCUGGAGCGCAAACGGCAGCAGAGGCUGCAGCACAGGGAACGCAGCCUGGCCGGGAUGGGCCGUGCCAAAGCUGGCCCAGGUGACACCAGAGGUGGCCCAGGUGACCCCAGGGGUGGCCCAGGUGACCCCCCAGGUGACAGUGACGUCGAGGACCCCGGCGCACCCGAGGCGGGUGAGGCGGAGCCGUCGGACGAGGACGACGCCGAAUAUUACAGAGAGGAGCUGGGGGAGGAGCCUGACACAGAUUUGUUCCCCAGCAGCUCCAAGCGGAAGCGAAGCCGCGCCGGCGCCGCCGGGGCCCGGAAACGACGGAAGAGGGACCCGAAAUCCCAACCUGGAACCCCAAAAUCCCAACCUGGAACCCCGAAAUUCACACCU